AUGGCACCUCUCAAACCUCUCCUUCUCCACGCCCACAGCAACGGCCCCAACCCGAUCAAAAUCGCCAUCGCCCUAGAAUUUCUCCAAGUACCCUACACCGUCCGGCUGUGGGAGGGGGGCGACGACCCAGAAAAGGGCGUCAAGGGUUCAGCCUUCACCAAGAUCAACGAAAAUGGCCGCGUGCCCGCCCUGGAAGACCCCAACACGGGCGUCGUGUCGUGGGAGUCGGGCGCGGUGAUGAAUUACCUCCGCCGGGUGUACGACAGGGACAACAAGAUCGGGCCGCGGGGCGACAGGGAGCAGGACCGCGUCGACCUCGAGAAGUGGGAGUAUUUGCUGUUGACGACGCUGGGGCCGAUGAGCGGGCAGUGUAAUUGGUUCAGACUCCACAACAAGACCAAAAACGACGACGCCCUGGAACGCUAUCAGGCCCAGACUUUACGGUGCUACGAUAUCUUGGAGGGCCAGCUGAAGAAGACCGACGGCGCCACAAUCAUUCCCGGCGGAUACACCUCGGUCGAUUGCCACUACGAGCCGUGGAUCCGGAUGCACGGCUUUGCCGGGUUGACGCUGGACAAGCACCCGCUUAUUGCAAAGUGGUUUCAGGCCUUUGCGGAGACGGACGAGGUCAAGGCUGCGUAUAGGAGGAUCAAGGAGGCUGCGGAGCAGGAGGGGUAG